UUAUUAUCAAAGUUUGUCUUUUUCUUUUUUUGGUUAGAUGUUAAAGUUUAAAUUAAGUAUACUGAUGGUGCCACAGAAUCAUUUCUAUGCGAAUUUUGUGGAUUUAUAUGCAGUAAAUUUUUAGGAUUCUGAACAACUUGUUGUUGUAGGGUUUUUAUAGAGGAGAAAUUUAGGGCAAAUAACUAAAUUGAUGAUAUCUUUCAAGGAAUACAGUUCAAGAUGAACCAAUUUGGUCUCAUCACUGUUAUUACAUCGAUGGAUCUCGGUGUCAUCAUUUAUUUGGGCAUGUCAAUCAAAUUAGGGUUUCAUUUGGCAGUAUUAUAAGUUUAUGAAUAAUAGUUUCUGAGCAUGAUUUUGAAAGUUUGAUUAAUUAGCUGAAUGAUGGGUAGUUGUAAUCACAAUACUGAACGAAUAGGCUGAUACAACACUGCGUUAAAGACGUCACAAAAAUUCUCUAUGGUUGACUCAGUAUAUUUGGGACUUUGAUUAUCUUAACAAUGAAUUCCUGUAUAAUUUUUUUGUAUCCUAUCAAAUUUGUAUAGCUGUAAUUAGGGAUAACUCUGUAAAACAUUUCUCUUUGAUUCUCUAUUAAAUGUCAUACCUUGGGAUUUUACAUGAGAUUUUGUGUUUCUUUCAUCAGUAAGCAUUCUAUGUUGUUCUGAAGCAUCAUUUGUUAGAAAUUUCGCUAUAUGGGCUCAUAGGUAUUUAGCAUCAUUUUGUUAACUAAGAUAUUGUCAGGUAUCAUACAAGUGGCUUCUGAGGUUGCUUCAGGAGUUCGCUGUAAAGCAUGGAAAUGAGAUGGAAGUAAUUUACACUUUGUCUGGCUGGUUAAAGAAAAAUCCUACGGUUUACCGUAUAAGGCUUGUUUCUGCACCCAAACUUUCAGAUAUCAAAGAUGAGUUUGAAGAUAAUUAUUCAGUUCAGGUCUAUAGCGUGCAAGCAUGCAUUCCAAAAGACCCGGCUGCGAUUUGGAGUGCAGAAUUUAUACAGUCAGAAGAGCUCUUUGACCAACCCAACUCUGCAGAAAAUUGUUUGAGAGACAACAGGUUCUGUGGUGUUUUGAACUCCUAUGUCAAGCGCAAUUUGAACGAAUCAUCUAUAGGUGUCGCUCCCCCACAGCCCAAGAGAGCACCAGUUACAGUACCAGCCAGGAGUAAUACAUCAAACCAAACUAUAAGCUCUUCAAAAUUACAGCUAGUAAAGCAAGAAACCCUGAAAACUGGACAGUCUUCUACUGUCGUGGCAUCAGUCGUAGAAGUUAAAAAUACUGGGUCAAGCGUCAAUAUUCUGGCUGGCAAAACUGAUUCAGGCAGAGAAAAAGAAGUUUUACCUCCUGCUAAUAAAACGAAAAGUCAGAGUGAGAAAGCCUCUUCAGGAUCUGGUGGAUCAUUAGCUAAUUUGUGGGGUCGUGCAAAAUCAAAACCCUGCUCACCACCUUCAACUGAUGAAGCUGUUCCAUGUCCUGUAGUUACCUCAGAAGCUCAAGUACGUCCUCGUGAAGCAGUAGAAGCUAUAAGCAGCAAUGAUGAUGAUGAUGAUCAAAUUGUGAACCGUAGGCGAUCCUCUAAUGGGGAACACAGCAGAAAAAGACGGGUUGUGCUUGAUUUUACUCUGAUGAAGAGGAUUGUGAAGGUGCUGUCAAUCUAGCUUCUCCGGAUCCGCCGAGAAAGCAGUUGGUUUCGAAUUUCAAAAAGACUGUGAACUUAGCUCACAAGAAAAACCAUUUGGAUUUUGACGAGCAGAAAGAAGAGCUUGAUGAGAUUAAGCAAGAGAAAGCAGCUGAAAGAGAUUCUUGCGUGCCUCCAAAGCAUGAUUCUAAUAUAACCAAGAGCAGUUCAACUGGGAUUUCAUUUCCGAACAAGACUGAAAGUUGUAUUGAUUUGGAUGGUCUAAAUAAAAAGAAUGCAGCAACGAAAGCUACUCCAAAUUCACCCAAAAG